UGUUGGAGGAUUCCAGCUCAAAUUGAGACAAGGGAUGCCAUCAAAAGAACAGAUUCCUCUUACUGCAUCAUCACUCAAUCACCAACCUACAAUUCUCUGCUGCAGUUUGUUAAUUCGACUUUUACCACACACACAGUGUUCCUGGACUUUUUGCUGUCGAGAUCAGUAUGGGGGAGGAUCCAGUGGUCGUGGUCCAUUUAGGUGCCAAUGACAUAAGCAGGAUGAGGAAGAAGGUUCUGCAUAGCCAGUAUGAUGAGCUCGGCACCAAAUUAAGAAGCAGAAACUCAAAGGAUCCAGUGCCUCCUCCAGACUAUCUGAGUGGAUUUUACUUCACUGAUGACACAAAAUCAAAUCAAUCUGAGGUGGAGAUAAUUUCAUCCUUCCAACAGGACAAGGAGUUCCCAAACUCUGUGGGUGAUAUAGCAGCACGAUUAAUGGCAAAGGAACAGACUCAGGUUCCUCCUGAACAGUGGAUGGCCUGGUACGAAGAAAGGCUAGAUGGCAGGAAACACCUCUUACCUCAGCAGCCACCAGCACAUCUUUGUGUAGUCCGUAUGGUUCGAUAUCACCAGCGAGCUGGAAUCCGUCUCCGAAUUUCCCAAGUCUUUGGGUUGAAAGAAGAUGGCCUUUAUGUGAAUGCUUUUGCCAGAAUUCUGAAAGGAAAUAAUGCGUUGCGACUGCCUGAAACAGCUGAAUCUAGGGGUGGAGAUGAGAAAUUCUUGACCCGUCUACAUGAUUUUGCCAGCCUUCAGAGGUCACCUUGCUGGAUAGAUCCAACUUGGGUGUUACAUCCAUACUGGGAUACCCACAGUGUGCUACUGGUCCAGAUAUUCGGUAUCAAUGUUAUCUACACACCUGACCAUAGUGGUCAGCAACCAGGCAAAGUCACAUCACACACAGGGGAGGAGCCAGAACUGGAUGCGCUGUUACAGUUGGGGUGGUCAGCAAUUCCUCUGUUUUGUGGUCCAUAUGUGAAAACUGGGGUCCAUAAUACUCCACUUUUUCAAGGCUCUCCAGAUGCUGAAUUUCUGAAUUAUGCGCUUUCACAUCCUGUGAAGUAUGUCAUGGGACAGUGUCUGAAUAAAAAGAUGCUGAGACUUACAAAAGAAUACAGCAGCGUUGCAAUCGAAGUGUGGGAUGGACAUUACUUUGAUGAUGAGCGCUGUGACUUACCGGUUAUUAAUGACCUUCUACCAGUUGAUAAAAUGAAUAAAUUUCUGAAAGUGCAAUCUAACAAGAAGGGCAAAGACAUGACACAGCUUGUCCUGCAGAGUCUAGAUCAGAGAAUCCAGAAAGCCGGAAAAAACCACCCUGAAUAUAAACGCGAGGAACAGUUCUAUGAAGAAGCAAUGGCAACGUCAUUCUACACACUUGUGGAAUCGGCGCUAAUGAAUGCAGGAUUUGGGCCUCUGACUGACAGUUGGAUGACAUAAGCUGCUUAGUGUGAAGAAAGAGACAGUACACUCACAUACGUAAAUUUCAUGACUACGAGGGAUCUGUAAUCUCCCUGGAAAUUUAUUUUUUAAAAACUACAACUACAAAGUCUUGCAUGCAUAAUUUUUCUCCUGACAAUCCAUAAUCUUUUUACUUCUUUUUAAAACAUUUUUGAUAACAGUUCUUUUCCAUGAAUGGAAAUUUUAGUGAGAAGAUGACAAACCAAAUGAGAGAAGACUUGUUCCCUCCAUGGAGUGAACUGCCAGUAUUUUAUAGAGGGUAAUUUUACUCUAACCCACAAGUGAAGCAUAAACACUGAGAUGGACUGAUUGGGUCAAAUGCCAGUUUCUGGGCUAUAUAUCUGAUGUAAUUCUAUACAUAUGUUAGGAAACUGAGGUAAUCAGGUGUAAUGCUGUUUUUACACAAACAAUUUUACUGUCUAUUGAGUAAUAUUAGGCAGGGAAUUCUUUGGAAUUCUUGCAUGAAGAGUUAGAUUAAAAUAAGUCCUAUAAUAUAAAGUUUCUGAAGAACUGAAGUUCAGACUGUAAACGUAAGCUGGGAUAUUCCAAAAGUUGUUUUUUUUUAAUGUUUCAAUGUUCUCUUUAUUGCACUUGAUAAAUCAAAGUUGACAAAAUUUACCUUGGUCUGCACCUGUAGGCCUGGAUGUCUCAAAUAUCAGGACAUGAGUUUGGAGGCCAGAAUUCUCUAAAGAAACUCUCCAAUGUUCCUUCUGUUUAAACGAAUUGAAAGAAAAUCAGGUAGAUUCCUUUACAGGUUUGCACUCUAACCAACUCACUUUUUCAACACUCAUUGGACAAUGCAGUGCACUUGGCCACAGACCUAGGAAAAUCUCCCUAUAAUAGUGGUAACUGGGUGAGGCUUGGAUGGAGUAGAUGUGCUGGCUAGAGAAUUGGCAUUAUAAUGAGAUAAUGAGAGAGCGCAAGCUCCCAACAUUGGCUUGCUGCUAGUCAGGCUCUAUGUUGGCAGCAAAAUCUUGCAAAAUUAGUACUUAUGCCUCUUGUCGAUACACAAUGACACUAGGAGCGCAGGUUCUAAUUUUCAUACAGCCUCAUGUUUAUAAUUUCCUUAUUUGCUAUUUCUCCCAGAGUGGUAAAUUUGAGACAGUAUAACAGUUCACAAUAAGCUAUUUGUGUGAGACAGACUUUCAUGUUUCUUUUUCAGUGGUAGAGUGUAAAGAGGUAGGCUGGGUAGAUGGCCCCAAUGACUGAGAAAAGUACUUCAACCCACUGGAACCUCUCUCUGUGGCAUUUUAACUCUCAGCUUGGCAUCCAGACAUGUUUUGAAUGACCUUGUCUCGAAUAUCUUUCUUGUUAGAUUGUUUGAGACAUUUGUCACCCUUUGCAAGAAGGUCUUUUUGGUAUCUGUGCCAAAUUUACUUUUCAUCAGUUUAUAUUUAUGACGUCAGGUUCUGCUGUCCUGCCUUAUCUUAAAGUAAUAUUCCUGAUUUAUCUUAUCUAAACCAUUUAGCAUUUUAUUUACCGCACUGGUACUCCCCCUUAACCCUUUAGCCGUAGAGAUUGAGCUUUUUCAACUUUAUCUCAUGUCAUCUGCCUUACGCUCAAAAUCAUUACUUUGUUUCAUCUUUACGCUUUCCCCGUGGCUUACAUCCUUUUUGUAGUAUGGUGACCACAAUUGUACACAGUAUUCCACAUGUGGUCUAAACAAUGUAUUCUAGAGAAUUAGCAUAACUUCACUGAACUCAUUCCUGGAGCAAGUUUGCUGCUGAAUGAAGUUUAUGCUAAUCUUACGGUUGAUUUUUUUUCAUUCUUCUUACAACUUUUGAAAUAUUUGGAUACUGUAAAUCCAAUUAAGCAAGAGUGAAUGGAAAAAGCUUAAGUUGGUGAAUAAAAUCUCCUUGGUCUUCC